GCCAUGGCCCACUUGAAAAUUAAGGAUCAGAGCGCGUUCCGGCCGUCUCUCUCUCCUCCUCUCAGUCUUGGCCGCGUGCAUGACUCGUCGGAGGGUGUGAAACGGCUGUCACGUGCUGUGGAAUAAGGGGUCUUGCCGUUCACGGAGAAGGAAGACCACCAUCUUCACGGAGCAUUCUUUCUCUGGAGAAAAACCAUUUUCCUCCCUCGUCCUCACCCGAUUCUCACUCGAGAUCGCCUUUCGCCGCUGUUCAUCGUCUCCUCGAGUUUUGCCGUCGCCGCUUCGUCUCCUGUCACUCUCUCAGUUCGGCCGCCACGAAGAGGGCCCCCCUCGGCCUGGCCCUCGACCUCAGAGACUCGAACCGAGCUCUUCGAAUCCGAAGCCCGUGCUCACCCCCACAAGCGACGUGUCCCAAAAUUUCCCAAGCGCUGAUUGGACUGGUGAUCGUAGUCAAGAAUAUCUGCUCUGCAAGGGGAUGCGGCUCCUGAAAGCUUGACUCGCCGGAAUCAACCCCCAAAACCAGAAUGAACGGAGAGAGUAACCACUGUGCAAUCACGGUGACCGGGCGCAGCUGGUCUUCUCGCGUGGAGGACCGGUUUCAGCAGAAGCCGGCUCUUCUGAGGCCCUCGGCCGGCACCUACUCUUGCUACAUCUUUAGAGCGCCCAAGAGCCAGGUGGAGAGCAACCCCAACGCUUACAAGCCCCAGAUUGUGUCCAUUGGCCCGUACCAUCACGGGAAACAGCAGUUGGAGUUGAUUGAGCAGCACAAAACUCGAGUGUUCUCCACACUGCUCGAUCGGACCGGAGGUCGCAGGGGCCUGGAUGGUUACUUCACGGCUGUUGCCUCGCUGGAGACCAACAUACGGAAUAGCUACUCAGAGGCCCUCGAUUAUGAAACCUCGGAUUUGAUUGAGAUGAUGGUUCUCGAUGCUUGUUUCAUCGAGUUAUUUCGCGUCCUCUCCGUCCGCGUCCCCACCGAGAAGAUUACACAGUAUGAUGACGACCCCUUGUUCUUCACGCCAUGGAUUGUAUCGUCCCUCAUGAUUGACCUCCUCCUGAUUGAAAACCAGAUCCCGUUCAUCGUUCUUCAAGAGAUCUAUGCAUUAUCCAAUUCUCCUUCUGAUGCCAACCGCUCCCUCAAUGAGAUCGCCUUACAGUUCUUCAACCGCGCGCUUCAAUGGCCUGAGGAACAUCUCCAGAAGCACUACAGAGUCCCCAAUAUCACGCACUUGCUCGACUUGUUCCGACUGUGCUUGGUCGGCCAUUUGGGCAUCGAAAAAUCCCCAGAGGUCAAGGUCGAUGAAGAGUUGCUGCAACUGAUUUCCUCUGCGAAUCAGCUGCUUCAGGUGGGGAUAAAGUUUGAACCAAGGAAGAGCGAGAACCUAAUAGACGUCGUGUUUGAUCACGGAGUGCUCCGGAUCUGUCCUUUGACUCUCGACCUUUUCACCAGUUCCUUCUUCCUCAACUGCGUGGCUUAUGAGCAGUGCUACCUUUACUGCUCCAAGCACAUCAGCACUUACGUGGUCUUCAUGAGAUGUCUCAUGGGCACCGCGGCGGAUGCAGUGGCCCUGUCUCAGUGCGGCAUAAUCAUGAACCUUCUCGGGGCCGACAAGGAGGUCGCCAGGUUCUUCAAUGAUCUUGCUAAGGAUGUCCAGUUCGAUAUCGAGUUGAACUACUUGACCGAGGUAUUCAGGCAAGUCAACCAGUACCAUCGGAACAAGUGGCGGUUGCGAUGGGCGGGAAUCAAGCGCGAGUACUUUGGCAGCCCCUGGUCCUUCAUUUCGGCGGCUGCUGCUUUCAUUCUCCUAGUUCUUACAGUUAUCCAGGCCUUCUUCACCAUUUACCCUUAUUAUCAUCCCAAGUAGUGACCAGGCUCUGCGACACAGCUUCAGCGAUAUGUAUGAUGUUGAUGUACCAUCCAGUUAGUUUGGAGAAAUCAGACCAGUAAAAUUUGUGGUUCAUAUC